GCCCUCCGUUUUUUCUUUCCUUAUCAGUAUCGAAUCCUAUACAAGGAAAAUUAAAACAUCGAUACUCGAAAGAAGUCCAAGCCAUCUCAGGACAUCCCAUAAGGAAAAGGGUAUUUUGCCAUUGCCAGACUUUAGGUGAUAUCCCUCCACAUUUUAUAUAUAACAGUAGUUAGUUUUCCUUUUUUUAGAGAGUGAGAAAGAGGAAUCUAGUUGGAAUUUCAUGUUAUUUCGUUUAACACAAAUAUGCAAAGUGGCACAUUGGUUUUGCGGUCACCAAUAUCGCCACCGACACAUGCGCGAUAAACGGUUCCACCCGUCGUACGAAGCUGCACACACCUCUCGCAAUCGCUUUAGUAAAAGGAAGCACUUCAAAACUAACCGCUGGAAUUACACCCAGGCUUAUAAGGAUAUGCCGUAACCUCUGCUUUGAAUACCAAAAAAAAUAAACAAUUUUGUUGUGGGUAUAUUGAGGUUAAACAUUUCUGUUUUACAAUUUUGUUAUUAUUUUUGGUGGUGUUCACAAAAUGCCAGGUGGAUUUGCUGGGACGUCUUCUGAAUGCUGCCCUGGGGUGUGUCACUUUACUACGCACAUCAGGGCUACUUCACAACAACAAA